GCGACCCCCCCUCCGCACGUUAACGACUGUCGGGUGUCGAGCUAGUUGAGUUAGCAUGUAGCCGAGGUGAGUGACGCUACUGGAGGGGCUAAGCUCUGCAGCUGAAACCGCACGAUGCAGUUUAUAGGGAAACUAGCGGAGGUAGCGUUAGCCAACUCGGCCAACUAGUCCUUCCCAUAAAGAAGAAGAAGGGGGAGAAAAUGGGAGGCUUUUAGAGUGUGUUUGUGCGUUGGGAGUCACAGGAAGCGUGGGAGAUCAUUUCACGGGUGCAACAGUCUGCAGCUCGGUGUGUGGAGCGUUACCGUAAUGCUAACGGUGCCCGCAUUCUGCUGCAGAGGAGAGAGCACCAGGAUGAGGAGGCUGUAGGCACCCGCCGUAGUAUGGCCGCGUCCCGUUCCUCGCGCGUCACAAGGUCGUCAGUGGGGCUCAAUGGAUUGGAUGAGAACUUUUGUGGUCGAACCCUCAGGAACCGCAGCAUCGCCCAGCCGGAGGAGACCUCGGUACCUCCGCUACCAAGGGCCCGCUCUCCCAAGAAGAAGCAGGAGUCGAAGCAGGACGGAAAGCCGGAGUCGAAGCAGGACGGCAAGCAGGACGGCAAGCAGGACGGCAAGCCGGAGUCGAAGCAGGGCACCAAACAAGAAGUUAAGCAGGAGUCAAAGCAGGAUGCUAAACAGGACACAAAGCAGGACGCCAAGCACGACACAAAGCAGGACACUCAGCAGGAUGGCCAGCAGCAGGCCUCGUUGCAGGGAAAGGUGACUGACUUGAAUGCUUCUCCAGCCGAGGCAGAGCAAUGGACCAGCUCCAGGAAGCGUGGUGUGUCCUGUUUAGAAAAAGACAUUAGUCCCGAGAAUUCUGAGAACUGUGAGAGAGGGAAGGCGCCGCGGGACGCCUCACCUCAAAUCAAAAGGGCCAAGCGUUGCUCCCGCUCUGGAGAGUCUCAGGGACACGAGGAGGACCCUGGGCCUUUGAAAUCGGAAAGUCCAGUCUCGGCCCCAGAGCCUAGCAAGGACAACCGUUGUGAAGAAUUUCCCAGCCAAAACUCUGCUAACACAGCUCCUGCCUCACCUGUCCGCAGUAAAGAGGAAGGUGAGCUGCCAGUGAAGAAGGCAGAGGAUGGUCAUGUGGAGUGUGAUGGGGCCGCCGAGCCCCCGAAUGCCCACAGGGCCUCUAAUGGACUCCGAGAGAAUAAAGCAGAGGAACCUAGCACGAUUACUGAAGAGCCUAGUGCAAACCCCACCUCUGUCACCAACUGCCCGUCGCUGCUCAAUGGUAGUCAGACGGGGGCCCCCUCAUCCCCCGACCCCGCUGUGCCUUGUAGAAACUCUGUCCCUCUGCAGAUGGCGGUCUCUGGCUCAGGGGAAUCGCCAGCCUCACCUGCGCCGACGUUUGAGGCCGUUCCAGAGGAUCCUGUCCCUGAGCUGAUAGUGGCUAAGGAGCAGGAGAUGGAGGAGGUGGAGGUCGACGUGGUGGGCGACCCGUUGUGUCUGGCCCACGAGGAGCAGGUGACGGAGAGCGAAAACGACACCAACGACCGGCCGCCAACACCAGUGCAGGAAGCGGCUGCCUCCACCUCCUCCACUAGCACCAACUUGAACAGUAUUCCAAUCAACAACAGCAACUCAGGAGAAACUACACCCCCACUAGCAACAACCCCCUCCCCCACAGAGCCAGAGUGCAAUCCCUCAAUACCCAGCACGCCCCCCUCUUUCACAGAGCUCUACGAACACAGAUACACCCUGCGGACUUCACCCAGGAGGGCUGCUACUGGUGGCAAGGCCUCCUCCUCCAAGCUCAGCUCUCCUCCCAGAGACAAUGGUCCCUUGAGGGAAGAGGGGGAGGUGCUAGUUGGGCUGGAGGAGGAUUGCCCUGUGUUAGAGGGACCUGCUCCCUCGGACUCGGUUGGCCCCUCCAGCGAGGAGCUGGUCUCCGUGGAUCUAGGAGACCGGGCCGGUGGUGAGGACAGUGUACCCGUGGAGAGCAAAGUGGCCGAGCAAAGCAAGAAGCUGACACAGAGCCAGGUUGCGGAGGAGGAGGAGGAGGAAGAGGAGGAGGAGGAGGAAGAAGAAGAAGAGGAGGAGGAGGAGGAGGAGGAGCCAGACGUGUAUUAUUUUGAGUCGGACCACCUGGCUCUUAAACACAACAAAGAUUACCAGAGGCUGCUGCAGACCAUCGGCGUUCUCGAGGCCCAGCGCACGCAGGCCAUCCUGGACCUCGAGACGUUGGCGCGUCACCAGAGGGAGGCGCUCGGCGAUCCCAUCAUCUUCGUGGAGCAGCUGCAGAAACGGGUUAACUUGGACUUGCCGUGUCCUCAGCGAGUCGUCCAGCUCCCUGACAUUGGAUGGGAGCAGUACACCUCAGGCCUCGGUGACUUUGAAAGAGAGUUCUGUGACAAGAAACGCAAAACCAGGCGGCUAAAGCUGAUCUUCGACCAAGGUUUGCCUGCUCGACCAAAAAGUCCCGUGGAGCCCAAGAAGGAAGGCGAAUCGUCCACCAUGUACUCCUCUCUGCCCACUAGUGACGCUCUAGAGAACAGCAGGCAAUCGCAGAUGAUCAGAGGAAGGAUUUGUCAGCCAAACAAGUCUGACACUUUUAACCAGCUGUGGACUGUGGAGGAACAGAAAAAACUGGAGCAACUUCUUGUAAAGUUUCCUCCCGAGGAAGUCGAGUCCAGACGAUGGCAAAAGAUUGCUGACGAGCUCGGCAACCGAACAGCAAAGCAGGUUGCCAGUAGGGUUCAAAAGUAUUUCAUCAAACUGACAAAAGCUGGUAUUCCUGUGCCUGGAAGAACACCCAACCUGUGCAUGUACACUAAAAAGGCAUCCAGUAAGAGGCAGCACCACCUCAACAAGCACCUGUACCGGCCGUCUACUUUCCUGACCUCCUACGAGCCUCCAGUCUUCAUGGACGAAGAUGACGAGCGCUCGGCGUAUUACAGCAGCAUGCAGGACCCUUCUGCUGACGACUCGGAUGAAGAAGCUAUACCUUUGGAGCUGAGGAGUUUGCCAGAAUACAAAGAACUUUUAGAGCUGAAGCGACUGAAGAAACAGACGCUCCAGGAGAUCCACGAGGACAAGGCCGGGAUGCGGCAUGUUGGCUUCAAGUGUGAUGUCUGCGGCAUGGAGCCCAUCCAGGGAGUGAGGUGGCACUGUCAGGAUUGUCCACAGGACAACUCAGUGGAUUUCUGCUCUAACUGCUCCGACUGCUUGCUCAAGACAGAGACCCACAAGCCCAACCACCACUUGGAACCGGUGCACCAGUCAGACACCUUUCUGGACAGGGACUACUGUCUGCCGCAGAGCACAGGCUACAACUACCUGGACCCUAACUACUUUCCAGCCAACAGAUGACAGGGUCCCAGGCGCCUCUAGCUCCAGGCUCUCUCCACAUAUCCCACAGGCCACUCUGUGCAUGGCUCCAUCCUCCAAGUCCAAGAUAACCGCUUAACCCGCCGCCAGGCAGGAAGGCCAGCAGAUAGCCAGGAGCCUCAAAGCAGACCACAGUGCUGCUGGUUGGGGGGGUGGGGGUGGGGGGCUGUUGGUAAACUGGCAUCCCUGACUUAAGCAAAGGGGGGCCAUGUUGGUUCCUCAGAACAAGAGGGCCCUGCUGCACCUCAGCCAGGUUAAUCAACAGAUCUGUGAUUUGAAACGAUACACUAUUUUUAAAAAAACCAACAAAAAAAACCCCAACCCCAGAAGGCACACCGACAUUCCCGAGCUCUGUGACUCCAGGAGGGCUUUCCCUCCCUUCCCCCUCAUCGCCCUCCAGUUAAACCUCCCUGUGCUGCUUCGAAAAACUGGAGAGUUGACGAUCAGUCUGGUGAAGCGCCACCUAAAGGAGAUGUGUGGUCAUAGUGGACUGUGAAGUCGUCAACUGAGAUACACCUGGGUGGUUUGUAUGUGUGUACGUGGUCUCCGUGUUAUGCAAGAGUGAAAAAUGUGCUAGCUAGGUAUCCGUAGAUGAGUAUUUAUGAGUCUCAGCUUCCUCAGCAGGAGCUGCCGCGCGAGAGAGUAGGCGGUGUGGAGCGCGACGCCGAGGUGGGUGUGUUUUUUGAGUGCAGGCUGUAGGAAGUUCUGCUGAUCCACAUGGCGUUCUGCAGACAGACCUGUACGUGUUAAGCGGACCUUGCACCAUGUUUCAGCAUGGAGCCGCCCCUACCACUGUCACACAACGCUGCUCCCUCACCUUUCAAACACACACACACACACACACACUUUCAUCUCUAUUUCCUUUCCCUUUGCUCUCUCCACUAAAACAUGUCUAACAAGGAAGCACUACAGCACGGAGAGCAAAUGUUUUUGAAGGCAGGCGAAUGGAGACGUGUGGAAAGUUUAUUUUUCUCAUUCCCCGCCUCCCCACCCAAUGUGUGCCGUUGUUGAUCAUGUUGAGUGUACAAGUAUAUGGUGAAAAGUAGCCAGCGCUAGUUGCUGUGUGCCAUUUUUAAAAUAUAUUUUUUUUGGGGAGGUAAAUUCCCCCUCUGAACCUGGCCGCAACUUCUCCCUUCCUGCGUGGCGCCAUCGACCCACAUUGUCCUACAUUAUCAAUCCAGUCAUCAUGCCUCUAGAUCUUCUUUAAUUUUGCAGUCCACUUUAAAAGGUCCAUUUAAAAGAUUGUAUUUUUAUUAAUCUAUUUAAAAAAAAAAAAAAAAAAAAAAAAAAGAAUUGAGGUAGUGGUUGGUGCCUCCACAGUGGAACAACCCACACAAUUUUAUACACAUAGAUUUUGUUGUGCUUGAGUAGACACCAUUUUGUAUGGUUUUCGUCUCUUUCCUUCACCCCCUUUGCCCUGCUUCAAUAUCUGUGUAUAACAGUCUGUUCUUAUGUAAAAAAAAUAAUAAUGUAAAAAAAAAUGCUAGAGGAGAACUGUGGAAAUAAAAGUAUGUGAAACUAGUGUU